UGCAGUUGAAAAUACUUGGGAGCGGAGGUUGAAUCCAUUGAUUUUUGACGAUGUAAGUCAUCUCUGGAAGGAUUCGGUGACAAAUUUGAAUGAGAAGCUCCUUCUUUUUUGUGUAUAACCAUCGCAAGAAGGGCUUAUGUGCUCCUCGCCGCUAAAUUUCCGACUCGGGGUGCUCAGUGUUGUCGGGGUUGAGUCCGUUUCAGCUGCACUGCAUCAACAUGGGUGUGAUCGGUGUGCAGCUGGUGGUUACCAUGGUAAUGGCCAGUGUAAUUCAAAAAAUCAUACCUCAUUAUUCCUUCGCAAGAUGGCUACUCUGCAGUGGCAGUCUGCGGUGGUAUCAGCACCCCACGGAAGAUGAGUUGAGGAGCUUAGCUGGGAAACAAAAAGGACAGAAGAGGAAAGACAGGAAGUACAAUGGUCACAUAGACAAUAAGCCGCUAACAGUUCCCAAGGACAUAGACUUACAGCUGGAGACGAAAUGCAUCACAGAAGUCGACACAUUAGCGUUGCACUACUUCCCAGAGUUCCAGUGGCUGGUGGACUUCACAGUAGCAGCGACUGUGGUCUAUCUGAUAACAGAGCUCUACUAUAGUGUGGCUCAGCCCUCAGGAGAGAUGAACAUCAGUGUGGUCUGGUGCCUACUAGUACUCGCCUUUGUCAUAAAGACCCUUUAUUCUCUAACGGCCCACUAUUUCAAGCUGGAGGAAGGAGGAGAGCGCUCACUCUGCAUUACUUUUGCUUUCUUCUUUUUUGUCAAAGCCAUGGCCAUUCUCAUUGUCACUGAAAAUUACCUGGAGUUUGGUCUGGAGACUGGUUUUUCAAAUUUCUCUGACAGCGCUCUACACUUUCUGGAACACCAGGGCUUAGAGUCCCAGGGUCCCAUAUCCAAACUCACCUUCAAGCUGAUCCUGGCCCUACUCUGCUCUCUGAUCGGGGCUUUUCUAACUUUCCCUGGUCUGCGGUUGGCCCAGAUGCACCUUGAUGCUCUCAAUCUGACCACAGCCAGAUUUACACAGACUCUGCUUCAUAUCAACUUCCUCUCCCCUCUUAUCAUGGUCCUGCUGUGGGUGAAGCCCAUUACCAAGGACUACCUAAUGAACCCCACUCUGGGAAAGGAGAGUGUGCCUUUGAUGACUGAGCAGACGUAUGAUACGUUACGGUUAUGGGCCAUCAUACUGAUGUGUAUGCUCCGGCUCACCAUGAUGAGACAUCAUUUGCAGGCCUACCUCAACCUGGCCCAGAAGGGUGUGGACCAGAUGAAGAAGGAGGCGGGGCGGAUAAGUACCGUUGACCUGCAGAAGAUGGUUGCACGUGUUUUUUACUACUUGUGUGUAAUCGCACUACAGUAUGUGGCACCACUGGUGAUGUUGCUACAUACAACUUUGCUGCUAAAAACUUUAGGUGGACACUCCUGGUGGGUUUAUCCUGAAGAAGACCUGCCUUGCACCCAUGAAAUGAACUCUGAUUCUGUAAUGGAGGCAGUACCAACAGCAGCCCCCACACCAGCUUCAGUGAUAGAAACAGGAGCACGGGCAUCAGUAGCCCAGCUGUCGAUGGCCCUGGGAGGCCUGCGGACUGUCUUCAGCCCCCUGCUUUUCCGGGGCCUGUUCUCCUUCUUUACUUGGUGGAUUGCAGCCUGUCUGUUCUCCACCUCGCUCUUUGGCCUCUUCUACCAUCAGUAUCUCAUGGCAGCAUAGCAUCACCAACCUGACGGCGUCACCCAGACUCCAGCAGGGCUGCAAGAUGUUCGGCCUGAUCAAAAAAGGACUGCGUGGGGCAGCAGAGGCCUAUCGAUGACUCUGCUCCACAACUCCUCCUUUCCUUUCUCCCUCUCUCAUAAUAACUGACCAUAUCAUCAGAGCUCCUGGUUCAACUUCCAGUGCUUCCUCCACGGAUGACUCUGUGAACUCUUGUCAUUGUUUUUACUACUACGACCACUACCUUUUUUGUUUGGAGAGCAAGAUUUAUAAACUUUAAUAACAGACUAAAUUGUGAAUUGGAAUAAUAAUAAUACGUCAGUGGGUUGGCACAAUAAUGAGAAAUUGGUCCAGCUUGCCGUAUGAAAUUUGAAUGGUACUAUGAAGUAAAAUACGGUGUCUCUGAUGCUAACAACUAAUUACACAUGUUAAAAUGUGGUGUGGUAGUUUUGCUCAUUCCCACCAGUUUUAGGUGAGCCAAUGGGGAGACUUAAACUGAUGUUCUUGUUAAUACGUGUUGACAGUUUUUCAUAUGGAAUGACGUAAACUCAUCAACAAUUUCAGAUUCUUGAUAUACUAGUGGUAGGUACUUCAGUAAGCCCUAAGUUGAGUAAUUUAGUAAUGUAAUUUUCAUCAGAACUUGAAACGUGGCAGGAGUCAGUUUUCGGACUGUUGCCUUUCAAUUGAAAUCCCUUUCAUUAACAAUGAACUCUUAAAUAGUAUUUGCAUUGAAUUAUACCAGAAACUGAUGAAGAAAAACCUUUGCAUGAGUCCAUACAAAGUUGUUUUGUUGGUAUACAUGUGCAGGGCCUGACAUAAGAAGAGUCACACAACUAUCUAUAUUCCUUUCUGUAUUACAGUCCAACACGGUGCUAAAUUGCUAUAAAGGUGCAUUGCAGCCUAUAGAAGCUGCAUUUGGGGCACAGAAUUCAAUCUGGAAAUGUUUAUGGAGGCUAAUGUGUGACAUUGAAGUCCCAAAUCAUCUUUACCCACUCAGAGUAGUUUAUUCCUCACAUUUUCAAAUGCUUCAGGGAACUGAUAAACCAUUAUUGUGGCUCCCUGUGUUUUUUGAUCAGAAAUAGUAAAUUUGUGUGUCAAUAGCCCAUUAAAUGCCCAAAUUCCAUUGUCCACGGGACAAAGGUGUCUGAGAGAGUCUUAAAAUGGUCCAGCAAGGACCAGUGAAUCUGUCUGUAGGAGGAGGAGGAGGAGGGAGUGGCAGCCUGUUGAUAUUCCCCUGAAUGUUUUCUGGUGAGGGUUAGAGCAUAGACAGUCCGGAGCAAGAUAAGAUGUUAACCUCAUAAACAUCUCAUGGACUUGAAGGUGAUUUGUCUAACAGAACUUGACAUCAAGGACAAAACUAGGUUCUUAAAAUAAAAGGCGUUCCAAUAGACUUAGAUUUUUAAUUUGCAUUGUAACUGAGCCAUUUUUGAAGAGAUGAGAGAGAUAUAAGCUGUUUUGGAGCGGGAAUGAUGCUUUAAAGGGAGGACAGCACUUAUAGUUCAGUGAAGGUAUGUGCUUGUGUCUAAGUGUGUGUCUGCAUCUAUAGGAUCACUGCUGAAGGUCAGCUGUAAUCUGAAAGGGCAUUGUGAUCAAGAGGAGAUGUCAACUAAUGUUGAUAAGCUAACGCCUUUAUGUUCUCCUUUCCUUUUUUUAACCAUUACCCCAUCCCCUUUUACUCUUAAACUCAUUUGAGAACAAUCUUUUAUUUGUUUUUAUUGUUUUUUUUCUAAUGGAUCAAAUUGUGGGUUUGUAAAACUUGAUUUUAAAAAUGGUGCCAAGUGAGUCUGUUCCCCUGUCCCCAGUUGCUGUAGAUUCAGUGUCUGCCAGUGUUUGAAACUAAAAUUGGACACUGGUGGCCUUAUGAUUUCUGUAGAUCCACAUGAAAAAAGAGGGAAUUAGCUCUGGUGCACAACACGACGUAACGGUAUUUACAAGUCUCAUUGCAUACUGUAAUUCUUUGGGGGGUAAAUGUUUGCACAAGAAGUCAUUGUGUUAAUGAGGCACUGGGCCAAUACGAUUGUCUAGUCUAUUCAAGAAUGUAGGAUACAUGGUGGUACACAAUCGCGCCGUUGUCUGGCAUUUUGUUUGGUUAUGACAUUUGUUAUAUCAUAGAGCUGUGAUUUAUGAAUUCCAGCUCUAUGAAUUUUGUACAGAAUACAUUUUACAGAGUCGAGCAGCACCAUAUCACAUUUUUCAGCUCCUGAUGUCGAAAGUCUUAGCUUCAGUUUGUGUCUGUUUUUAAAUUAUGGGGAAUAUGCACAUAAUGAAUGUAUCAAUCCUGCCUAAUUUCUAGAUUUUUUUUCAAGAAAAUAAUUUGUAUGGUGAGUUGAUUUAACACCCCCCCACCUCCACCCCU